AUUUGCUCAGGUUUCUCUUAGUUACCGUCGUCGUACGUCAUCGACCUCACCGUUUCUUUCGUCGUUGACUGUCACUGCAUACCCCACCUUCAAAUUUGCUACCAUAAUUAUCAGAUCUGUCCCAGGUUCCCGCUGUUCCAGUUGGAGCACUGAUGGAAUACAUGCUGGGGUAAAGGAUGUAAAUUCUCCAAGAUCCAAGCUAAGGAAAAGCCUGGAGCAAAUGUGA